AAAAAUGCUGAAGAGAUCACGUGACUCAUUUCACUUCCUUGUUUCAAAUUCUUUAUAAACAAAGUGUACUUACAUGUGUGUAGAUUUAUAAUUUAAACGCCACAAUGUAUGGCUCGAAUAGACCUAGAAGAUAUUUGUUCCUAGGAAUCCUGCUUUUAUUUCUGGAUCCUGUAUAUUCACAGGCAAAGGAAGAAAAGAAGCUUAUUGAGCCUGUCCCUCAGGAUGGAUUCUUUAACAAUCUGAACCACCCAGACUGGGGAGCAGUCGAUGACAUUUUGAUACGCAAGUCUCCCCCCGCCUAUCAAGAUGGCGUGUACGAGCCCGCGGGUCAGGACCGACCUAACCCAUUCACUAUCAGCGAGAUCGCCCACAAGGGAGAAAGUGGCCUCGGGUCGGCCAGAAACAGAACGGCUAUGCUGGUGUACUUUGGACAGCAAGUUGUGGAAGAAAUCUUAGACGUCCAGAGACCAGGAUGUCCAAGAGAGUUUUUUAACAUCCCUGUUCCUAAAAACCACCCGUUUAAUCCUGAUAAUCUGGACAACCUUCAAAUGCCACUACAAAGAUCAAGGUUCAACCAAAGAACGGGCCAAACGGCUGGAAACCCCAGACAACAGUUAAAUGAAAUAACACCCUUCAUUGAUGGUACAUUGUUUUAUGGACCCGGAAAAGCUUGGACUGACGCCAUUCGUGAGUUUAAACGUGGUUACCUGAAGGUCAGAGAUCCCAGUACAUAUGACGACAUAGCAAAACAGUUUCCGGCAGAUAACGACAUCCGACUUCCGUUCGCCAACCCUCCGCCACCGGCUGAUCAUUAUUUAAAACCCGUCAAUCGGUUCUUCAGACUUGGUAACCCGAGAGGAUUUGAAAACCCCUUCUUACUUACGUUUGGAGUAAUAUUUUUUCGCUGGCACAAUUAUAUUGCGAGAAGUCUAAAAAAUUAUUACGGAGAAGACGAUGAGCGCCUGUUUGAGGAGGCCAGAAGGAGGGUCAUUGCCCACCACCAGAAAAUUGUAAUGUACGAUUGGUUACCAAGAUGGCUAGAGAUAAAAAAUGAGACCACUUUCUUUGAAAUUCCAAAAUAUAUUCGGGAUCCGGAUGAAGCAUGUACAGGCAAACUCUGUGCUUUCAAUGGUUAUGAUUCUGAAAUACAUCCGGGAAUUUCUCAAGAAUUUCAAACAGCAGCUAUGCGGUUCGGUCACACGCUUGUCACACCUGGUCUAUGGCUCAGGGGACCUGGAAAUUCAACGAAUUGCAAUUGGAGAAAUCACACUUUGGGAAUGCCAAACCAGCCACACGGCCCUUCUUAUCGACCAAUUAGACUCUGUAAUGCUUUCUGGAAUAGCAGAGAACCGGUGGAUUCAACGAUGGAUGACAUCAUUCGUGGGAUGUCCUCUACCUUAGCUGAAAAAGAAGAUAAUAUUGUCGUUCCUGACUUAAGAGAGCACCUGUUUGGUCCAUUGGAGUUCUCGCGGCGGGAUCUCGUUGCUAUCAAUAUCCAACGUGCGCGAGAACACGGAUUGACAGAUUACAACUCCAUUAGGAAGGCGUUCGAAUUGGGUCCUUUGCCCUGGGAACAUGUGACAAGACAUCUUACAGAACCCGAAAAGCUGGUCGACCUCUAUCAGAAUGAUUCUUCAAAACUUGACCUCUUCGUGGGGGGUCUGCUGGAAACGACGGACAGCGGACCGGGACCCUUGUUCCAAAAGAUUCUUCUAGACCAGUUCAUGCGUAUCCGUCAUGGUGACCGGUUUUGGUUUGAAAACAAGGGAAAUGGAUAUAAUUUCACUGAUGAAGAGAUUGAAGAAAUACGUAAAGUGACACUAAGGUCCAUCAUUCUGAAAGUCACAGACGUGAGAGAAGGAGAAAUCCAAGAGGAUGUCUUUAUUCACAAGCCGGGUGAUGUGUGUAGACAGCCUUGUCAGUUAAACUCUAAUCAGAAUCUUCCAUGUCGCGUCAAUAGUGCACAAGUCACAGUCCUCAGCGAAAAUUGCACAUCCCUAAAGCACUACGAUUACUUCACCGGAAGUGGAGCAGCUUACAUUUUGACUUUUUUGGGACUUGGACUUUGUGUUCCUGGUACUGUGGGAAUUAUGAUAUGUAUGGCGAAAUACAGGGCCAAGCAAAUGCAACGGGGCCGUCAGAGACGGUCUCCUCACCGACCAAAUGACGACCCAAACGUCUUUGCAGCCGUUGAAUGGGUGGGCCCUAAUUCGGACGAACGCAACGUGAAAGUGAAAUUGGACAGAAGCAGAAAAAAGAUACACGUUGAAGAUAUGCGCAGAAAACCUUUACGAAUGUUGGAUUUGAGAUCGGUAAAACAAAAAGUGCACUACCGAUUAUCAUCAGACGGCCUUCAAAAUACCAUUGCUAUCCGAGUACAGGGAGAUAUAGACUUGGUAAUCAAGUUUCUGGAUUUAGAAGAACGGGAAAAGUUUAAGAAGAAUGUGGACAACUUUCUGGUCGAUCUUCAAAUUGAACGGGAAAUUCACGAGUUUACGGAAAAAUCGAUUUAUGAUAACGCUCAAACCAAGGAAGAACGCCAGAAAUAUCUAGAUAAAUUCUUCCGAGUCAUUUGCCUUCAGGCUUUCAAAAGACAACCUGGACAGCUUCAGAUUGAGAACAUGAGCGGUGAUGAUUUGAAUAAAAUUAUCAAAAUAAAGCUUACUAGAACAGAAUUCGCCGACGCCCUUGGGUUAAAGCCCAAUUCUAUAUUUGUUCGUAACAUGUUUAUGAUGGUCGAUAAGAACAAUAGUGGAUUCGUGGAGUUCCAGGAAUUCCUUGACAUGUUUGUUGUUUUGGCUUCAGGGGAUGCCGAGGACAAGGCAAGGCUGAUUUUUAAUAUGUACGAUGUAAGGAGACAAGGGAAGCUGUCAAGUAAAGAAUUCGCUCGCAUGAUUCACUCUAUGUUGGAUCUCUCCGACUCGUCCAUCUCUAACACUGACAUGCAAGCUUUGAUGAAUACGAUGUAUAAAACAGCCGGGUUGCCCCAAAAUGCUGAUAUUGAUUUUGAAUCCUUUGCAAAGAUUUUCGCCUCUGAUGAAUAUGAGAGUACAUUGAAGAAAGCAACACUUGGCAUAGAGGCUCUAGGCUCAGACGGAAAGCAGGGCGGACAGUCUGUCAUGGCAAAGAAAAGAACAACGUUUCUUGAGAGUUACAAGUUUAAAAACCGAGAUGAUAGUGGCCUGCAGAGAAAGAAUACAAAAAUCAAGGUCAAAGCAAAGUCAACGGAAUUACCACCAUCACCGGCGGGACAGAAGUUAUACGAGAUCACGAGAAAAAUAGAAAACUAUCGACUUCAGAUAUUCUGGCUAUCUCUGUACAUUCUGGUUACUAUCGGGAUAUUUUUAGAGAGGGCAUUUUAUUACUCGUUUGAAAGAGAGCAUGCCGGUUUGAGGAGGAUCGCGGGUUAUGGUGUGACGGUGACCCGUGGCGCCGCCAGUGUCAUGAUGUUUACCUACGCCAGCCUGCUGGUCACCAUGAGCAGGAACACCAUUACGUUCCUCAGAGAGACCUUCCUUCAUCGCUUCAUUCCCUUUGAUUCUGCGCAUGCCAUGCACAAAAUUAUAGCUAUCAUUGCCCUGCUGUUUACAGUCGUUCACUGUGUUGGUCAUGGAAUCAACUUGUAUCACAUCAGUACUCAAGCGUCAUCAGAUCUGAACUGCAUCUUCCGGGAAUAUUUCAGAGCUACGGAUGUCCUAGCUUCGUUCCAGUACUGGGCGUUCGGAACGAUAACCGGCCUAACGGGCAUUAUUCUGACCCUGAUCGUCAUAGUCAUGUACGUGUUUGCGACCCCAUACGCAAGAAGAAACCUAUUCAACGCCUUCUGGGUCACACACAGCUUUUACAUUUUACUGUACAUCUUUAUGGUGAUGCAUGGAACUGGAAGAUUAGUCCAACCACCACUGUUCCAGAACUAUUUUUACGGCCCAUUAUUUAUAUUUAUUGUGGAUAAGUUCAUUAGUUUGAGCAGAAAUCAAGUGGAAAUCGACGUUAUUUCUGCGGAUUUGCUACCCUCAGAUGUAACAGCCCUUAAGUUCAAACGUCCAAUAAACUUUGAGUAUAAAUCCGGUCAGUGGGUAAGGAUCUCUUGUGCCGCUCUCGGUAAAAGUGAGUACCACCCAUUCACACUGACGUCAUCACCCCACGAGGACUACCUCAGCCUCCAUAUUCGAGCUGUAGGUCCGUGGACCACCAACUUAAGAAAGACGUAUGACGCCAAUAAUGUUGAUUCAGAAAGCUGGACUCCACCAAAGGUUUAUGUAGAUGGUCCAUUCGGGGAGGGCCAUCAAGAUUGGUACAAAUUCCCUGUUGCGGUUCUUGUGGGAGGAGGUAUUGGAGUCACCCCCUUUGCAUCCAUAUUGAAAGACAUCGUCUACAAAACCACACAACCAAUCAGAUUUCCUUGCCAGAAAGUGUAUUUCCUGUGGGUGACUCGGACUCAGAAACAGUUUGAAUGGCUGACCGACAUUAUCAGGGAAGUGGAGGAGAAAGACAUCAAAGACCUGGUCUCCGUACACAUAUUUAUCACGCAGUUCCAACAAAAGUUUGACCUCAGAACAACAAUGCUGUAUAUCUGCGAACGCCAUUUCCAAAAGAUAGCUGGGAAAAGUUUGUUUACGGGGCUCAAAGCAGUCACACAUUUUGGAAGGCCACAGUUUCAAGAAUUUUUGGAAUCUUUGCACAUUGAACACCCAGAGGCGAAACAGAUCGGUGUUUUCAGUUGUGGUCCGCCACCCAUGACCUUAAACGUCGACAAAGCAUGCGCAGAGGCUAACAAAAAUGAAGGAUAUCCAACUUAUUCGCAUCACUUUGAAAAUUUCUAAUCAUAAAAUGUGCCAUUCAACUUUGAAUAAUUUUUUUCAAAUAGGAUAUGUGUCGGUGUUGAGAGUGAACAGCAAAGUGUUUUUUUUUCUUCUAAUUUAUCAAGAACAUUUUUUUUAAUUAUAUGACUGGUUAACCUAAGUUACUGGUAAGUGUUUAUGAAAAUGAUAACCCAUUGAUUAGUUUAGGUUGACGUAGUUUUUAUGUUCAAGUGCAACCUACUUGUAAUUUAAAUAUGGUGUUAAAGGAUUAUACUGUGUAUAAGACUAAACUUUUUUAUUCUGUUUAAUGUAUCAUUUUCAGCAACGUUUACAAUCUUUUUAUAUAUUUUACUUUAACAAAUUUACAAAAUUCUGUAUUCAAUGAUAUUCAUUUACUUUUUGCUAAACUAAAGCAGUACCAACCAAAAAGAAGAAAAAAUUUGUUUUUGACAAUCUUUGAUUCAAUUAUUAAGACAUUUAAUUUUAAGAACAAGUCAUUUGCACAUUUGGUUUCUUCAUUGUUAACAUAUAAAUGUAAUAAAAUUUUAAUAGUUCAAAAAAAAAUCAGAGCCGUACUAACAAGAGCCUGGACUUCGGGCAGUACAUGACAAACAGGAAGACGGGGUCUACUCUUUGUUCACUGUCUACCAUAGUCAUUGGCUAAUAGAUAUGAAUGCAAUGACAGUUGUCUGACGUCAUCCAGGGCUGUAUAUUUCAGUUAAAACAGUGUCAGUUUCACUCAACAAAGCAAAUCUUGGGAGAAACUAAACUUUUCAAUUUUGACUGUCUGUGAAUUUAAUGAGCGAAAUAGAAGAAUUAGAAGAAAAAAGUCUACAUUUGACAGCUUGUGUCGAUGAUCAAACUACAUGUAGAUAGUAACAUCCCAUCGAAAGUUCAAGCUCUUGUUAAUACGGAUUUAGUGUGUUUUCUCCAGAACUAACAACCGGUGAUGACGCUUUGUAUACUUCUUUAAUGUUGAUGUUUUCAUUUUUAAUUGAAUUGACGUACUCUUCUUGUACAACUUACAUUGUUUUUUUUAUGUUCGAAUUCAGAGGGGAUAUUAUACUUGUUUUUGUUUGUUGUAAUUUGUUUCAAGUGAAUUUGCAACGUCUACAAUCUUUAUUCUAGGACAAUCAAAGACUUUCAAUUUCCAUUAUAUGUUUUUUCACAUGAACUCAGAAAAUAAAACCUCAAUGUAUUUAUAACGACAAAAAUGAAAAUUUAUAAUGACAAACGUGAUAUUUGUAUAAUGAUUGUUUGAAUUAUUCGAUUUCGACUAAGCAUAACAUUAACAAUUAAUCGUAGUACUACACAUAUCAUUGUCAAUCUCAUUUUGGCAUAAGACAAUAUUGAUAUUUUGUUGCUUUUUAGUUUUUAAAACGAUGUCAGAAUCAACAUUAUAGCGGUAUAUUUAUUAAAUUAAAUCUUUAUUCUUUUUUCUUCAAACAAUACAUUGUUAGUUGCUCUGAUCGAUUAAACAAACUAUAGGUCAAAGAAGAAAAA